AUGGGCAACAUGCUCCCAUGCUUGGUCCAAGCCAGCAGCAGUAUCAUGCCCCGCAUAAACACCAAACAAUGGUCUGGCUCCAUGAAAUUCCUCUCAGGAACCCUCCACCGCACCACGAAGCGGCCCCAUUGCAGCAACAGGGUGGCCAAAGCAGCUGCCAGAAGGGAGACGUCGGCACCAGACGACCAAGCCACCCCAAGAACCAGAAGCAGAAGAGGUCCAAGCAGGAACGGCCACAACCGGCGUGUCGUCAGAGUCAAGGUCAUACUGACCAGGGCGGAGGCCGCGCGGCUCAUGUCCCUCACCACGCAUGGCGACAGGACCGCCAAGCAGGUGGUGGCCGAGUUCAAAAGGUCGCAGCAGACGACCAGCUCCAAAGCCUCCGCUGCACAAGCCAUCAGCGAGCUCAAGAGGAUGGAGGCACUCAUCGCCCGUGCUGAUACCUCCGCGUCAGCGUCGACGGCGUGGCGGCCGGUGCUAGAGAGCAUCCCUGAGGAGUGGUAG